CCAUUUCUUCCGGACCGACUCAAUCUUCCAAUCUGACACUCUCAUCUCAAUGACCCGAAACCUAGAAUGGUAAUUCUUGAAAAUAUGAUCAGGGUGCUUAGCAGUCCUGCAAAAUCAAGUUUCAGAAAUGUCAUUUGUGCCAGGAUGUACUGCACGAGUGAAACAAAGAACGAGACACUUAAUCCAACAAAACAAAUUUGCAAAAUUCUAAUGUCUUGCCCCAAGCUCGGGGUUGCAACUGCACUUGACCAAAGUGGUUUAAGGCCUACACCUGAAUCCGUUGAAGAAGUCCUUAAAAGAUUUGGGAAUGCAGGUAUGUUAGCAUAUCAGUUUUUUGAAUGGGCCGGGAAGCAACGUCACUAUGAGCAUAGUAUUCGAGCGUACCAUGCUAUGAUUGAAUCUUUAGCCAAGAUAAGGCAGUAUGAGAUCAUGUGGGAUCUUAUAAACACCAUGAGGAGUAAAAACUUGCUCAAUAUCGAGACUUUUUGUAUAAUGAUGAGAAAGUAUGCUCGGGCUCAGAAAGUCGAAGAGGCAAUCUACACCUUCAAUGUCAUGGAAAAACACAACGUCCCUCCAAAUCUAGCAGCUUUUAAUGGUUUAUUAAGUGCUUUAUGCAAAUCUAGAAAUGUAAGAAAGGCCCAAGAGAUUUUUAACACCAUGAAAGAUAGAUUUGUUCCUGAUCAGAAAACAUAUAGUAUAUUAAUUGAAGGUUGGGGACGGGAUCCUAAUUUGCCUAAGGCAAGAGAGAUUUACAGAGAAAUGGUUAAAGAUGGAUGCAAUCCUGAUAUUGUGACAUAUGGGAUCAUGGUUGAUAUUUUAUGUAAAGCAGGUAGGGUAGAUGAAGCCAUUAACAUUAUGAAGGACAUGGAAUGUAAUGGUUGUCAACCCACAUCCUUUAUAUACAGCAUUUUAGUUCAUACGUAUGGGAUAGAAAACCGGAUUGAAGAUGCUGUUGACACGUUUCUUGAAAUGGAAAAGACUGGUGUUAGGGCCGAUGUUGCUGUUUACAAUGCAUUAAUUAGCGCCUUUUGUAAGGUAAACAAGCUAAAAAAUGCGUAUAGGGUUUUGAAUGAGAUGGAAUGUAAAGGGGUGAAGCCGAACUCAAGAACUUGUAACAUUCUUUUAAAUUAUUUAAUAGAACAUAAGGAAACUGAUGAGGCGUUUAAAGUUUUUAGAAGGAUGAUCAAAAUUUGUGACCCAGAUGCUGAUACAUAUACUAUUAUGAUAAAGAUGUUUAGUGAAAAGGGUGAUAUCGACAUGGCUCUUAAAGUUUGGAAAUUUAUGAAAAGGAAGCAGUUUGUUCCUAGUUUGCAUACUUUCUCUGUUCUUAUUAAUGGGUUGUGUGAAAAUGAGGAUGCUUCUCAAGCAUGUAUGUUAAUGGAAGAAAUGAUUGAGAAAGGAAUUAGACCACCAAGGUUAACCUUUGGGAGGCUGAGGAAAUUGCUCCUAGAGCAAAAGCGCGAUGACGUGCUUGAGUUUUUACAGCAGAAGCUGAAUUUAUUGGUAAAAGAACCAUUGUGUGAUUAAGACGGCAUGCUUCAGUGUUCUUGCUCAGGUCUAGAGGGAUCAAGCAGUUCAGAUACCUUUUUUGAGAUGUUUUGGGAUUUUUCAAGACGCAAUCUUGACUAAUCAUAUGGAUCCUUUCAAGCUAUAUCUACAACUUCUGCUAUAUCUUCAAGUCACAUUUUCAGUACCAAUGCUGAGAACCACUGCAAGGUGUUUACACUCGUAUUGAUUCAACAAAUUUUGAGAAAUUGAUGGCAUUGGUAGUGCAAUGGGUCGAUCUGGAUCAUAGCCCAACAUGAAGUAUAUUUAACUUGAGGAUCCAUAUUCUAUCAUAACCCAACAUGAAGUUACGACAUAUUAACGUGUCAUCUAAAAUCUGAGUUCAUGUUCGUCAAAGAGAGUACAUCGAAUUUGAACAUGAAAGAGAAGCUUGGUUUGUUGCUGGACUAAUUGUCCAAUUAUAGCAUACCGAAAGGAAAAAAACGAAAAAACAACGCCAAUGUAUCAUGCUUCAUUGGUUUCUUUGUAGGUAUGUUACAGAUUUAGCUGGUUGAACAACUUCCCUUUUGGACUGAGUGUCAUGUUAUUUGAAGUUUAGUGUUGCAUCUUUGAUGAUUUAUUUUGGGAAAAUAUUAAUAAAUUUAGUAAUUUAAUAUGUAAUUUUACUUUAUUUGAGUU